AUGGCUACUAAUGUCAAGGUGUAUGCAAACAAUUUUUUGGACACACCCCUGGAGGUUUCUGGAUUUGGUUUUGAAAAUUUGUCAAACGGUAUGAACACCGAUGAGCUAACAAAGGUUGACAUGAAGGUUGGCUCUGACGAGUACUGCAAGCAGAUUGUUGAGGAGUAUAGUUAUGAUUACCUGAUUUGCACUGAGAGGGACAGCCCCUUGUUCCCCGCGGCGAGACAUCCGACAAAUAUUAAAGACGUCCUUCACGAUCUUGUCAAUGUAUUUGACAUUAACGAGUCUAGCACCAACCCAAUUGUCACCCAACUAGGCGCAGCUGUAACUGAGCUUAUUUCCGCCUAUGGCAAGGACAACCAAGAGAAGGUCGAUGAGGAUAUUAUGUCUGCGGUGUUUGAAUCGCCCAGCGCCAACAAUGACCCUGAGUAUGCGUCUGAAUUAGCUGCACAUUUUAUCUCUGGGGCUGAUAGAAUGUCAGAUGCAAAAAAGCCAUUUGGAGGAUAUUACAGCUCAAUGGGUUUGGUUAUGAAUGAGCUCUCGGUUGCUAUCAAUGUUUCUACUAUUCUUGAUAAAAUUAUUGGGUUUAUUAUUACUUUGCGUACCAUUAUGCCUGGUUUGUUUGAUGACGCCCCUACUGGCGCAUUGGUUCUUGAUAAUAAUAACAAUACCCCCAAUACCAACUCUCUGACUGCAACAUCAGGAAGGAAUACUGGGACCAAGACUAAGCCUGAAACUGAGACCGAGACCAGGGCUGAUGUCGUGACUGAGACAGUGACUGAAAUUGAGACUGAAGAUGAAACUGGUAGCCAAAUGUUGGAAAAGGCUUCAGCCAACUUUUCCAGGACUUUGGGUGGAAACUCUAAGGCUUCUGAGAGCUCGAGCUCAAGCGCGGUGAGCAACAGCCAUAUUACCACCGGUGUUCUGUCCAUUGACGUUAUUACCGGCGUUAUUACUGCUUUUUUCUAA